AUGCCUUUUAGAAGAAGAAACAACAAUGCUUCGGCAGGGGUUGAUCUGUCGUCAGUUAUCAACAAAGGAAGUUCAAAAAUCAAAAAGAAGAUAAGAGAUAUCAAAAGACUCUUGAAAAGAGACAAUCUACCAUCGGAUUUGGUGAUAGCGAAUGAGAGAGCACUCAAAACGCUUGAAGGGGAACUUGAGAACGUCGAGGAGAACAAGAAGGUGAGAAAGCUUAUUUCAAGAUAUCAUAAAGUGCGAUUUUUCGAGAGAAAGAAAGCUGCUCGUCAUUACAAGCACGAACUGAAAGUGUUAAAGGAAUUGAAGCAGAAGGUAGAAGAAAGUAAAGAUACUGAAGAAAAGGAGAAGAUUGAAGAGGAAAUAAAGAAGCAGGAGAAAAAGGUUCACGGUAAAGCAGUGAAUUUCGCAUAUACGCUCAACUUUCCAGAAACUGAAAAGUAUGUUUCUCUAUACAGGCAGAACAAUCCAGAAGAUGUCGAGAAGAUGACAUACAAGGAAAAGAAGGGGUUGAAAAAGACAGAGGACACUAGAGAGAAGUACAAGGCGGAGUUUUCGUCCCAGCUGAAAAGCAAUAGCUUGCAAGUAAGCUUAGAGGAGGGACUUCGUCAUAAUGGAGGAGGAAAGAGAGUUUACAGAAAGAAGAGAGAUGGAAAGGAUAAUUACAAUAACAGGGAGGAGAGAAAAGAAGGAAAGAAGAACACAGACAAAGAAGAGGAAGAUGACUUCUUUGAAUGA